AUGGAAGGCUCUCUUGGUGCAUCCUCAAACUGUUCUGGUUCUUCAACUGUUAGGAGGAAGUGCUAUUUGUAUGGAGAAUGCAUUUCGGUUGAAGUUUGUGGAUGCGGUCAAGAAAUGGUUUUGAGAACAUCUUGGACAAAUGAAAACCCGGGUAGGAGGUAUUGGGAAUGUUCAAGACAUAAGGAUGGAUUCAUGAGGUGGUAUGAUCCACCAAUGUGCCCUAGAUCAAAGAGGAUUAUACCUGGGCUUUUGAGGAGAAUUAACAAAAUUGAAGAAGAAAAUGUAAAGUUAAAAUCGAAGCUGAGAAGUCUCGGGAAGAUACUGAAAUCAAAUAUAUUCGUAGGAGUGGAAAAUGCACAUCCAUGA